CACACACCUCCGCAGCCGCUGCCUCGCCGCCGCCCGCGCCGCCGCCUCUGCCCGCAGCCGCCGCGCCUUCCAUGGGGGUCUCGGGCCGCGGCUGCCCCGGGGCGGCCCGGGCGCUGCUGCCGCUGCUGCUGCCGCUGCUGCUACGGGCGGCGGUGCUGCCCGGCCCGGGCCACGUCCCGGCGCCGCCCGAGGAUGUGGACGAGUGUGCCCAAGGGCUGGAUGACUGCCACACUAACGCCCUGUGUCAGAACACACUCACCUCCUACAAGUGCUCCUGCAAGCCUGGCUACCAAGGGGAGGGCAGGCAGUGUGAGGACAUCGAUGAAUGUGAAAAUGAACUCAAAGGAGGCUGUGUCCAUGACUGUUUGAAUAUUCCAGGCAAUUACCGCUGCACUUGUUUUGAUGGCUUCAUGUUGGCUCAUGAUGGUCAUAAUUGUCUUGACGUGGACGAGUGCCUGGAGAACAACGGCGGCUGCCAGCACACCUGCCUCAACACCCUGGGGAGCUACGAGUGCCGCUGCAAGGAGGGCUUCUUCCUGAGCGACAACCAGCACACGUGCAUCCACCGCUCCGAAGAGGGUCUGAGCUGCAUGAAUAAGAACCACGGCUGUAGUCACAUCUGCAAAGAGGCUCCAAAGGGCAGCGUCGCCUGCGAAUGCAGGCCUGGUUUUGAGCUGGCCAAGAACCAGAGAGACUGCAUCUUGACUUGUAACCAUGGCAACGGUGGGUGCCAGCACUCCUGUGAGGACACAGCUGAAGGCCCAGAGUGUAGCUGCCACCCACAGUACAAGAUGCACACAGAUGGGAGGAGCUGCCUUGAGCGCGAGGACACUGCCCUGGAGGUGAUGGAGAACAAUGCCACCUCAGUGGUGGACGGGGAUAAACGGGUGAAACGGCGGCUGCUCAUGGAAACGUGUGCUGUUAACAAUGGAGGCUGUGAUCGCACUUGUAAGGAUACCUCGACAGGUGUUCACUGCAGUUGUCCCGUUGGAUUCACUCUCCAGUUGGAUGGGAAGACCUGUAAAGAUAUUGAUGAGUGCCAGACCCGCAAUGGAGGUUGCGAUCAUUUCUGCAAAAACACCGUGGGCAGUUUUGACUGCAGCUGCAAAAAGGGAUUUAAAUUAUUAACAGAUGAGAAGUCUUGCCAAGAUGUGGAUGAAUGCUCUUUGGAUAGGACCUGCGACCACAGCUGCAUCAACCACCCUGGCACAUUCACAUGUGCUUGCAACAAAGGGUACACCCUCUAUGGCUUUACCCACUGUGGAGACACCAACGAGUGCAGCAUCAACAACGGAGGCUGUGAGCAGGUCUGCGUGAACACGGAGGGCAGCUACGGAUGCCAGUGCCACUCUGCGUACAAGCUCCACUGGAAUAACAAAGACUGUGUGGAAGUGAAGGGGGCCCUGCCCACUAGUGUGUCGCCCCACGUGUCCCUGCACUGCGGUAAGAGUGGCGGAGGAGACAGGUGCUUCCUCAGAUGUCACUCUGGCAUUCACCUCUCUUCAGGACUGCAAGAGGCCUACUCUGUCACCUGCGGCACUUCCCCUCCUCUCAGGAACAAACAGCAAAAAUCAAAUGACUCUGCUUUCGGGGAUGUCGCCACCAUCAGGACAAGUGUAACCUUUAAGCUAAAUGAAGGCAAGUGUAGUUUGAAAAAGGCUGAGCUGUUUCCCGAGGGUCUGCGACCAGCACAACCAGAGAAGCACAGCUCAGUAAAAGAGAGCUUCCGCUACGCACACCUUACAUGCGGCUUCCGCAAGCGAGUCCCGGGCGCCCCAGGCCGACCAAGCGCCACUAAGGAAGUGUUUAUCACUGUUGAGUUUGAGCUUGAAACUAACCAAAAGGAGGUGACAGCUGCUUGUGACCUGAGCUGCAUCGUAAAGCGAACAGAGAAGAGGCUCCGGAAAGCCAUCCGCACGCUCCGGAAGGCUGCCCACAGAGAGCAGUUCCACCUCCAGCUCUCAGGCAUGGACCUCGAAGUGGCUAGAAAGUCCCCCAGAGUGUCUGAACGCCGGGCAGAGGCCUGUGGAGUGGGCCAGAGCCACGUAGGAAACCAAUGUGUCAGUUGCAGGGCUGGGACUUAUUAUGAUGGAUCACAAGAACGCUGCAUUUUAUGUCCAAAUGGAACCUUCCAAAAUGAGGAAGGACAGGUCACAUGUGAGCCAUGCCCAAGACCAGACAAUCCCGGGACCCUGAAGACCCCAGAUGCUUGGAAUGUGUCUGAGUGUGGAGGUCUGUGCCAACCUGGCGAAUAUUCUGCGGAUGGCUUUGCACCCUGCCAGCUCUGUGCCCUAGGCACAUUCCAGCCUGAAGCCGGCCGUACUUCUUGCUUCUCUUGUGGGGGAGGCCUCCCCACCAAACACUUGGGAGCCACUUCCUUCCAGGACUGCGAAACCAGAGUUCAGUGUUCACCUGGACAUUUCUACAACACCACCACUCACCGAUGUAUUCGUUGCCCGGCGGGGACAUAUCAGCCCGAAUUUGGAAAAAACAAUUGUGUUUCUUGUCCAGGAAAUACUACAACUGACUUUGAUGGCUCCACAAACAUAACCCAGUGUAAAAACAGAAGAUGUGGAGGGGAGCUGGGGGAUUUCACCGGGUACAUCGAGUCCCCGAACUACCCAGGCAAUUACCCAGCCAACACCGAGUGUACGUGGACCAUCAACCCACCCCCCAAGCGCCGCAUCUUGAUUGUGGUCCCCGAGAUCUUCCUGCCCAUAGAGGACGACUGCGGAGACUACCUGGUGAUGCGGAAGACCUCUUCGUCCAAUUCUGUGACGACCUAUGAGACUUGCCAGACCUAUGAGCGCCCCAUCGCCUUCACCUCCAGGUCAAAGAAGCUGUGGAUUCAGUUCAAGUCCAACGAGGGAAACAGUGCCAGAGGGUUCCAGGUCCCGUACGUGACGUACGAUGAGGAUUACCAGGAACUCAUUGAAGACAUAGUUCGAGAUGGCAGGCUCUACGCAUCUGAGAAUCAUCAGGAAAUACUUAAGGAUAAGAAACUGAUCAAGGCGCUGUUUGAUGUCCUGGCCCACCCCCAGAACUAUUUCAAGUACACAGCCCAGGAGUCCCGGGAGAUGUUUCCAAAAUCCUUCAUCCGAUUGCUACGUUCCAAAGUGUCCAGGUUUUUGAGGCCUUACAAAUGAGUCUGCCCACAUGGCACCCAGCACCAUGUUUCGCCUGUGGGGUGGUGGACUGAGCCGUCUGCUUCUGCAGCCAGCCUACUUGGAUGUCGCUGCCUCUAGUAGCAGUGACUUGCUAGAGUUCAAUUUUUAUAGAUAAUACAGAUGUUUUGGUAAAUUGAACUGGUUUUCUUUCCCAGCAUUGUGAAUGUGGACUGGAAAUGGCUUUGGGUCUCACCCGCCUCUCAUGGCUGUGGGCAGAUGUCUUGGAUACAUCAAGGGCUGGCUGAGCUGGACCUCAGUCAGCUCAGGUGAGACUCACCUGACUUUCCUGUUCUCACUCCUCCUCAAUCGCACUGUGAGGGAAAGGAGGCCACAGAAGGGGCUGCCUUGUCUGAAACAUCAGCUUCCUCCAGCCCAGCCCUCCCUAAGGAAGCCCUCUGCACCCUGGGUUUAGGCUCUGAACAGGCAGAGAAAGGAAGGAGGAAGGGAGGGAGGAAGAGCCCUUUAGGCACCAUCCUCACACCUGAGACCUGGCAGGACUCCGUGUCUCCACAGCCUUCUCCUCCAGCCUGUGGCCUAAGUUUGAUCUCAGGAGCUCAAAUUCUAAGCAUUGAUCAUUUUAAAAAUACUUAAAGCAGAAAGAAUUAGAAAUACAGAGCUAAAAACUAAGCACUUCCUCAGACAUAAUAAUAUAGGCCCAUUGACGCCUUCCUUGUGACCAACUCCCACCUGUAGCAAGUCCACAGCGCAGGUUCCAGCACCAGUUGUGCCUUUACACACAGGCCUGGAGCAUUCAGGUCAGAAUCAUCUACCUUUAUGAAAAAGAAAUUUCACACGCCCUGAGUCAGGACUGCUAAGCGUCCUAUUUUCAUAGUGGGCUUCCCACUAUGGGUGUCUGAGGUUCAGGUGGGACACAGUGCGGACCAGCCUGGUAGGCUCGCCUUCCUUCCCCACUCCCCAAGGUCAGAGACGGACUCAGCUCCGAGCACAGGAGCAGCACCACUGAGGGUGGUCACCUCUGAAUGGUCACCCCACUGCCAGAAGCAGCUACACAGAUCCCGGUUUCUGUAUCUCAGAAUCAUCUCACCUUUGGUCAGCACAGCAGGGCCCCAUCAUCAUUAUCUCCCACAGGAACUUGAAUUUUCAACAUUAUUGAAUUUUUAAAAGUUUAAAUCCAUAGGCAAAAAUCUCAUGACAGUAAAUAAAAAUGGUUUCUAUCAAACAAGCUGCCAUUUCCCUAAUGAAUGGGCUGACUACACACAACCAUCGUGUUUUGUUCCUUUGUAAAAAACUAACUGUAUACAGUUCUCUAUACCAAAGUACUAAAAAAUGGUUAACAAAUAUUUUUUAUUUGUAUUUUUAAGACAGCUCUGUGAAGAAUAGAUUUUAGAAUGCAGGUAUGAAGGCAGAGAGCAGUUAACAAAUAUUUUUGAAGAAAAUGAAGACUAUUUCAUUAUUGUUGAAAUCACUUUUCACCUCAGUGUUUUUCAAUCUAUUAAUAACAUCGAUCUUUUGAAAAAUCCUCAUCAAACGUUUCUUCUUUAUUGGGAUGGGCCCUAAAAACCCAUUUCCAAACUUCUCUUAAAAAAUGUAAACUUCUUUAUUAAAAAAAAAAAUCAUUAAAACUACACCUGGAAUUUGUAAUCCCAGAA